GCCCUUCACCCGUUUCCUGUGCUUCAGACGGGCUACUCCGGAUACCUAUAUGUUUGUGGGUUAACGAAAAGCAGCUGUGUGUAAAGUUACUGUCCUUUUCUCUUUAUUUUUUUAAUCCGCAUAUUCUCAAAAUGUCGAUGUAGGAUUUUAUUGUACUGCUGUUUCUUUUACUUCAAGUACGCCGAUUGAAACGCUCUUGUACUCUGGGGGUCAUGCAGCUGUAAGAACAACUGUGGCAGCUAAAGUCACCUGACAGUGAUGCUCAGACGAUGGAAACACCUGAAGGAAAGAAAAUGAGCUCCAAGAGUGUGGAUGGUGUGUGGUUGGGGUGUGCAUUCCUCUUCGUGAAAUCUGCUUGCCCAAAGGUGAACUUGCCGGCAUUGUACAAGGAUCCGCAGAAUAAAUAUAGUCUUUUCAAAGUCAUCAAGCUGACGCUUUCAGACACUGCUGGGGGUCUUCAAGGAUACGAGAUCCUGAAGCUGCACGAUGCAGACCCUCUCCUGGGCAUUGAGCUGAAAUUUAUGAGCAAGGUGACAUGCCGACAGUUCCUGGAGAGCUACGCCACUGCUGCCGUCAGCCAGGCUUUCACGCAGCACACCCUGCGGAUCCUCUCUGUCUCAGAGGACUUUAGAGUGGAGACUCAACUGAAGGCUGGGGAGAACGUCUUGGAUCUGUGUCUUACCAACCAGGAUCUCUGCCUCUCCUACAUUCACUCCUUACAGCCCGUCCGCCUACGGGAUGAUGAAGUGUCCCAGCUAGAGAAGCAGCUGCUAAACUUGACCAUAGGUGACCGGGACUCAUCCAACAGCUUCCCGUCUCAAGUGUCGAGACCAGAAGCUCCUGCUGUGCCUAGUAACUGCUUCACGUUCCAGAAGAAGUUGUUUGUCGAUCGCCAGCUGACACCGACCGACCACCAGCGCUUCGCCACCAACAUCGGGCGGGACUGGAAACAGGUCGGCCGUGCGCUGCAGAAGACGUGCCGGGCGCUGAAGGGCCCCACCAUCGACAACCUGGCCUUCGAGUACGAGCGCGAGGGCAUCUACGAACAGGCCUACCAGCUGCUCAGCCGGUUCAUCCAGGCCGAAGGGAGGAACGCCAAGCUGGGCCGGCUGAUCAAGGCCCUGGAGGAGACCAAGCUGGUCGGCAUUGCUGAGAUCAUGCUGGAAAUCCAGUCCAGGGAGUGAGCGGUCCCAUUCCGAUCAAUUACGUCUUUUUGUGUGUGUGCGUGUGUGUGCGUGUGUGUGUGUGUGUGUGUGUGUGCAUGUGUGCGUGUGUGUGUGUG